AUGCUGAACCCACUCGGAUCCACUCGCAACCGCCACAGCGCAGAAGAAGAAGACAUCGCUUAUAGGUUGCAAGUGAUGGGCGCGCGAGAGGGAGCUAUUAAGGGAACGCUCGUGGCGGGUUCUCUGAUGACUCUCGCACAAUGGCGGUUUCCAUGGGUACAGAAGCAGACGCUGGCGGGCAAAGCGUUCUUGGUCAUGUGGGGCACGAUCUUUGGUAUGGUCACCUAUGCGGAUCACUACCUGCUGCAGUGGGAAGCGGAGCACCGGGCGCAGUCGGAGCGAUGGAGGACGCAGGCGCGAAGUGAGCUCGCGGCGCAAGGAACCGUCCCCUCCGAAUCCGCCAUGCGAGCCUGGAAGACCGCCUACGACUCCAAGCUCCGCAACACACUCGACUCGUCCGCCUCGGCUCCCACGACCAGCGUACCAGCAGCUCAGACGGCCGAGGGCCGGAGUCAGGUCUUGCAGGAGUUGGAGUUGGCGAAGCAGGAGAAGACGGGAGGGGUCGACAGGACGUAG